GGGAGCGGACGGAGGGACAGAGCCGGGUGCUGCCCCGAAAUAUCCCUGGAAGUUUGGAAGCGAUCGGAUGGGGCAUUGCAAAGUUAUUGCAUUUUGGACAACACAGAAGGGCCACCAGGUGGUGAAACCCUGGGGGCUGCCGGUUCCUUCUCAUCGUCAUCUCCAUCUCCAAGGGCCCCCCACGCCUCCCAACGGGCUGAGGACACUGGGAAGCAGGAGGCUGCGUUACGGUUGCACCAUCAGGAUUGUAGUCCCUCCAGGGAGAGGGGGCGUGACCACCCCAUGUCCCCCCCUCUCUCCCAGACACCCAUGGCAGCGAUGGCGGGCUACAGUCACCCCUUGCUCCUGGCCGUGGCCCUGCAGUCCCUGUUACAGCCGGCCCUGGGCCAAGCCAUGAACGGGAGCACCGCGACACCCAGACCCGCAUCAGGGCUCACGGAGUCAGAGCGGCUGGCAGCUAUCAUUGUCCCCUCCCUAGUCGGGGGUCUCCUGCUUAUUGGACUCGUGAUCUUUGGGGUGCUCAAGGUGCGGGAGAGGCGGCAGACGGAGGGCACCUACCGGCCAAGCAACGAGGAGCAGGUGGGUGCUCGGGUGGUGACGAACGCUAACCUUCAACUGCCCCCCGAGGAGCGGCUGAUCUGACCCAGGGAGAGGGGGGGUCACUCACACCCCCUCCCCGGACUGGCAGACUCUGUACCGGCUGGACCCUGCGGUUCCAGAGCCAGCCGCACACCUGGAGGGGGGGCUCCUUGCUCUCUGCUGGCUGGAAGGAGCUGAUAUCUUCGUUGUUGGGUGCAUCGGAUUUCCACCUGCGCCCUCCUGCUGCGGGGGAGUGGGGGGUGCCGCCCAGCAAGGGUCAGCCCGGGGCAGCUUGCCCAUGAAACUGCUGGCCGUGUUGGUGCUGUGCGACAUCGCCUCCUGGUGGACCACUUUAUCCUUCCCCCAUCCACCCCCGUCUGCGUCUCACAUGUGUCUUGUAAUCUCCCCUACCUCGAGUGACUCUGUGUUGGCACCCGGGCUGGUGAAAGCGAGGCUGGCGCAGCAGCGAAGGAAGGGGAAGCUAGAAACUCCUGCCUGAGCCGCCGGGGAAGGUUUUGGCUUUAAAAAAAAUCUGCUGAAGGGAAACAGCCAUGUCUAUGCAUUGUUUAAAAAACCAAUCCCCCGGCUUAGUUAAUACACAUCAGCCUGAGGUGCAGACAGAAGGUAGGGGAAGAGAGGUUUAAGUCCCUUCACUGUUGUGCCUCAGUUUCCCCAUCUAUCACUCCCCCUCCCCCUGGUGCUCUACAAAACCUGCCGCCUUCUUGGGUGCAUGUGGAAGGUGCCACAUCACUGUCUAGCGGCUGGUGAAUGCAGAGGAUAAUAGCCUUCUGCGGCUGUCAGCUGACAGAGCUGCUCCUUGGCCUGGGCUUACUGGACUCAAACCUGGGCUGCCGCUGGGGUCAUUUUCAUGGUGGGGGGAGAAGUGAAAUACACUAAUAACUCAAAAAACAACUCGGCGGCCUUUUUUUUGCUCUCCUGUCCCUGGGGAAUGAACCAAACUGCACUCAACUUAAUGAUCCAAAUCUUUGUCCUCCGGCUGGGCCGUGAUUCAUCCCUCUCUUAAACCAAAACUUGUUGGAAUUUUCUCCCAUGUGCGGCAUCCCCCCGGAGCAAGUGUCGGUGGCCUUUUCACCCAGGCCGCCGUGUCCCACAGCACAACCCCACCCCAUUGCUGCUCCCCCGGCCAGCACUGGGGCUAAGAUUAUUUCCCUGCAUGGGGCAGCCUGUCCCCCCAUCAGUGAGGCUGGAGCAGAAGCAACCGUCCCCUGCCUUAAGCUUCCAGACUCAGCUGCAGUAGAAGCCGCUUGUGGGCGGAUUUCCUCGCCUCAUUAGUCACUCGUAUCAGGAGCGGUUCCCGAGCCUUGGGCUUGGCUUGUGGAUCUUUAGCUCGGGCUGGCUCGGCCUUUAUGCCACCUGUGGGUCGUUGCUCUGAACAUCUCAGCCUCUUAACUUUUUGAUGUAGUGGCAGGGAGUUCCCCAGGCUUCCAAAGGAGGGAGAUGGGGGAGGGAAGCUGUUUGCCCACCAGGCCAUCCAGCAUCAGGGGUUGCUAGGACCCCAGUUCCCCAGCCAGCUGCCAUCUUUACAGCCCCUGGUCGAUGCUUCCUCGCUGUAGGCUGUGUCUGGGAUCUGUCCCCCGGCCUGCCGCCGGCACCUCCGUGGCAUGCUCAGGGCCUGGCUGAAAGCUUCCCCUGCUCCUCCAGCCGUCAGCUGGUGCUGCGUGUUCUCCGCCUCUGUCACCUCUUCUCUCCUUUCAGUCCUCCCGGGAAGACCCGAAAUUAACCGAGCUGUGAGAGCUGGGAGCAAACGUCACCAGAGCAUGGCCCUUGUCCUUUGAAACUGCCGGAGUUGGGAUCUCCUGGCCCCAUACCCGCCCACUGGUCAGUUCCUCACCCCACCCUCCCCAUGGGGUCACUCUGCCCAGGCUGCCUCUUACAACCUCCCUGUGCACCCAGCGCCGGGAGGGGCUGGUUGCUGACUGGGGUUCAGGGGCCCUGUGAUCAUACAAAUAACUGCAGCAGGGCUGGGGUCCUGACAUGGGAUCAGCUGUUCACAGCUCAGCCCACAUGGGCCCCCUGGUGC